AUGGUGAUGAUUCAGGGCGUUCGGUCUUGCAAUCUUCGUUGUAGAGGUUCAGGGUGUCGAGGCGAAGCUAAAGGACAUGGUUGUGAGGUGAGGAGAGCACGCUGGCUAGGAAUGCUAAUGUAUUCUUCCCUUCCUGUGUAUGCCAUUCUUUUGCUUCUUUCUUGGCCGUUCAGUUUGGUGCCUCUUUGUGCAUCCCAUAACCAGCUUGUCGCUGGCAAGCUGCUCUUCCCUGGCAGUGUCCUCGUCUAUCAAGAUGGGGUGUUUGCCCUGGGAUUCUUCUCCCCGUCCGACUCCACCAAGAACCAUCACUAUGUUGGCAUACGGUAUGACGACAUCCUGGAGCGCACGGUGGUAUGGGUUUCUAACCGUGCGGCACCGAUCACCACUAACCUUUCCUCUGCAAAUCUUGUCGUCGCUAGUUGUUCCAACAUAGUCUUGUCUGAUAGCAAUGGUCAUGUCCUCUGGACAACGAACAAUAACAUCAGCGUCAACUCCAUCUCGGUGGAAGCAGUGUUGGACAACACUGGCAACUUCAUCCUUAGAUCAUUAGCUGACAGUGCCAUCCUAUGGCAAAGCUUCGACCACUCGGCCAACACUCUCCUACCCGGCAUGAACCUCAGGCUUAGCCACAACACGCUUCCACUGCAGGACCUCGUCUCCUGGAAAGGCCAACAGGACCCAUCCACCGGCCACACCGGCGAAGCCCGGUGUGGACAAACUACCUCUAUGUUGGUGGAUUCAACGAGUCUACCAUUUACACGGCCUUACAUCAUGCCGACAAUGAGGAUGGAGAUUGACUACUCAGGCAAGAAGUUGUCCCAGUUUGCUAGUGCCUUGACGGUUUUGAGCCGAGGGAUGGUGAAGGAUGGAUCGCCGGUAGCUUCUCACAGGGAUGCCGCCAGAAGGAGGUGCGAAGGUGCACCCAUGGAGACGAUGAGCAACAUGGAUAUUGAUGGGGAUGGCACAAGAUGCCUGGGAUGGAUGGGAGAUUUGAUUGACAUGGAGAACCACACUCAAGGAGGGGAGAACCUAUAUGUUCGGACUAAAAGAUUACAAGGCAACAUGAGAAAGAUCACAACCCUAGAAAUUGUAUUACCAGUUGUUUCAAGUUUUCUGAUAUUCAUAUGCGUGGGGCUUAUUUGGAUCUAUGCCUCUCGAGGAAGGACAUACCAAUUGAGUUGUUGGAACAUUGCGUGGAGCUUAAGGAAGGAUGGGAAAGUGAUGGAUCUAAUCGACUCAUCUAUCAUCAAGGGUUGCUCUCUCGUUGAAGCUUUACGAUGCAUCCAUAUCGGACUCUUGUCGGUGCAGGAUGACCCAGAUGCUCACCCUCUCAUGUCUUGGGUGGUAGCAAGCCUGGAUAACGAAGACAUUGAGAUCCCACAACCGAAAGAACCUAUGUGCUUUGCACACCGUAACUACAGAGCCAGCGAAAGCCAUGUACAUGACAUGAGCCUCGAAAACCUCAAGGAGUGCUAG